AUGGAUCAAAUAACUACAUCAUCCAGCGAUGAUUCCGCUGCGAAAUCAAUCUCAAUAGUUCCCUGCGCAGCCUGUAAAUUCCAGCGCCGCAAAUGCCCUCCUUCCUGUCCACUUGCUCCAUAUUUUCCGGCAUCAAAUUCUCAACAGUUUCUCAAUGCUCGUAGAUUCUUUGGAGUAAGUAAUCUAAGUAGAGCUUUGAAUAGGGUUAAACCUAAUGAGAGAGAUGAUACAGCAAUGACUAUGAUUUUCGAAGCUAAUACUAGGGCUCUUGAUCUUGUUGGUGGAUGUACUCGUAUUAUACGAGAACUUGAAUUUCAUAUCGAACAGGCUACUGCCGAGCUGGAUUUUAUUAGGUUUAAGCUUAAGGCUUGUCGUGGUGUCGGCGAAACGUCGCUGCCUGUGGUGGUUCAGCCGGAUAUUGGAUUCGGUAUGCAUUUGUUUGAAGGGAUGCCGACUUUGAUGUCAUCAUACACCAAUGAUUGUCAUUUUCCAGGGUUUGUUUACUUUUAA